AUGGCACGCACCAAAAGAUUCAUUGCUAGGAGCCAAUCCACAAGCUCUACUGCUCAUGCACUUGAAGAUCAUAUUGGGCAACCAAGUAUUAACCAUGGAUACAAUUCAAACCCAAUCGGUACUAGUCAAGGAAUAGAUACUCAGCCACAUGAAUUGGCAGUCCAACAAGAACAAAUUUCAAGCCAAUCUCCACAAGGUUGUGGUCCAUCUCAGCCAUCCAAUGAAAGACCACCAACAAACCCUCCGAAGAGAACAUGCAACAAAUAUUGGGUUGUUGAUGUCGUAGCUGAUAAUGGUUUAUUUGAUGAGGAACGAUUGCGGGUAAGGGAUGUUUUGGUACUUCCACGUCACAAGAGAGUUGUGUUGGAAUGGAAUGAAGACAAACAACCUGUUGGAGAUUCGUGUGGACUUCUCCAUGGUUUUUUGGGACAUAUUGCAUGUGAUCCCAAAAUAUUCCCCAUAUGUUUUGAUAGGUGGCCUAAUGUACCUCCGGUGUAUAAGGAAAAUACUUGGAAGAGCACUAUUAAGCCAAAAUUUGUACUGGAGAGUGAAUACCAUUACAACUAUUGUAUGCAAAAUAUGGGAAAGAAAUGGAAGGAUAACAGGUAUAGGAUUUGCCAUGAAUUUUACAAGAAGGACAAGACGUAUAAGCAAAACAUUGAGAACUAUCCUCAAGGCAUCACAAGAGAGAAUUGGGCUGGGUUUUUGCAAUAUAGAUUAAGUGAGAAAGGGAAGAGAUACAGCGCAAUAAAUACUGCAAAUAGAAAAAAACAAAAAAUCCCACAUACACUUGGAUCAAAAACCAUAGCAAGGCUGAAGAGGGAGCUGGAAAUACGAGAUGGCAAAAAAUAUAGUAGGGGUGAAAUGUAUCCUAUUGCUCACACAAAAAGGGAUGGAAAUUUUGUUAAUGAAGAAGCUAUGCUGAAAAAUGAUCAAUUAUUAACACAAAUGCAAGAAGGAUUGUCUGAUGAAGAGGCAUAUGUACACGUUUUUGGGAAGGAACACCCAGGCCGUGUUAGAGGUAUGGGAUUUGGGGUGGUUCCAUCGCAGUACCGUAGAUCGUCUAACAGUUCGGGAUCGUCUUCUUCUACUGUUCCAACGCCAGCUGAAUACAACGCCCUCAAAGAAGAAUUGGGAAGUAUAAAAGGCAAGAUGGUAGAAUAUGACAUGAUGAAAGAGCAAAUGGCAUUAUUUAUGCAAAGUUUAGGAGCUCAAAUACCAUCUAAUUUUUCAUUUAAUCAGUGUAAGGACAUUUUGAAAUUGCUGAAUAUUGAAGAAUGUCUAGUUAAAUAG